AUGGGUCUAUCAAUUGAAUCUAUUUCUCUUGAAAAUACUAAUGUUAUUACUUUAAAGGAUCAACCUGAUCUCAAACAGGAUCGGAUCGCUUAUCUCAGUGAUUGUUUCAAGAUGAAGGAUCUAGGUCCUUUGAAAUAUUUUUUGGGCAUAGAAGUUGCUCGUAGUGCUUCCGGUUUAUUUUUAUGUCAACGAAAAUAUAUGUUGAAUAUUAUUUCUGAGGCAGGUUUGUUAGGGGCAAAGCCGAGUGGUUUUCCCAUGGAGCAAAACCACAAGCUCGGUCGUGCCACAGGUGCGCUUCUUGAGGAUCCGACAGCGUAUCAGCGGCUGGUUGGUCGUUUGAUUUACCUAGGAGUAACUAGGCCGGAUCUCACAUACUGCGUUCAUAUCUUGUCUCAAUUUAUGCAAGAGCCGCGUAUUGAGCAUUGGGAAGCAGCUCUUCGUGUUGUUCGUUAUUUGAAAGGUACCCCGGGUCAGGGUAUCUUGUUGAGUGCUACUAGUGAUCUCACCUUGGAAGGUUGGUGUGAUUCAGAUUGGGCGGCAUUUCCUCUAACUCGUCGCUCUGUCACAGGUUGGUUGGUGUUUUUAGGCCAUUCGCCUAUUUCUUGGAAAACUAAAAAGCAACCAACUGUGGCAACGUCCUCUUGUGAUGUUGAGUACAGGUCUAUGUAUGCAGCUACUUGUGAGCUCAAAUGGCUUAAAGGUUUGUUGUUGAGUUUAGGUGUACAUCAUCCUAAGGCGAUCAAGUUAUUUUGUGAUAGUCAAUCUGCUUUGCACAUCGCAAAAAAUCCGGUCUUUCAUGAAAGGACCAAACAUAUUGAAGUUGAUUAUCACUUUGUUCGCGAUGCAAUUAUAGAUGGCUUGAUUUCUCCUUCAUAUGUUCCUACGACUACUCAAUUGGCCGACAUUUUCACGAAGGCUCUUGGGAAGUUACAGUUUGACCAUAUUUUGUCCAAGUUGGGCACUUAUGAUCCGGGUGCUCCAACUUGA